AUGGCGGACAAGGCGGUGACUAUUCGAACCAGGAAGUUCAUGACCAAUAGGCUUCUCUCUAGGAAACAAUUCUUUGUGCUGGUCAUUGAUGUUCUUCUUCCUGGAAGGCCGAAUGUCUCUAAGGUCGAGUUGAAGGAGAACUUGGCCAGAAUGUACGAGGUCAAGGACCCAAAUUCGAUUUUUGUUUUCAAGUUUCGUACCCAUUUUGGAGGUGGGAAAUUGACUGGGUUCUGUUUCAUUUAUGAUUCUGUUGAGAAUGAGAAGAAAUACGAGCCCAAAUACAGGCUCAUCAGGAAUGGACUUGAUACCAAGGUUGAGAAGUCAAGGAAGCAGGUCAAGGAAAGAAAGAACAGAGCAAAGAAAAUCCGUGGAGUAAAGAAGACUAAAGCUAGUGAUGCACUGAUGCUGCCAAAGCUGGAAGGAAGAAAUGAAUCUCUUCUCUUUCUGUUAGAAGCUAAUUUUUAUCCCCAUGUGUGGCAAUGAGGAUGUAAUACAAACCCUAGUCGUCAUAGUUGUUGGGUUUGAUCUGAAUUUGGGUUCUAAUGAUUUUUGGUUUCUUUCAUCUUGAUGUUUUGUUGAAAGGAUAUAUUGAAAUUCCUUAAAGUAUAUCAGUUUUGCCCUACUUUUCAUCACUACCAAUUGUGUUGUACUGAGGAACUUGUGGUGCACUGCUUUUCAAGUGAAAACAUGUUUCUGAAUCUCCUUAGUCCCUGGCUACCUGUUGCUAUUCCAUUAGUUUGAUUUGUUUUGCCCCAAACAUUGGGUGGUUUCAGUUGUCUUUUACCAACAUUUUGUUAUGAAGUCAAGUAUGGUGUAUGAAUGCAUGAUUGUAUAUUUUUUUAUUGAAUACAUUUGGGAUCAAUUUUGCUA